AGGUCCACUUCACGCAUGCGAAGUGUACAUUUCCCGUAUUGCCGUUGCAUUUUUGUUAUGAUGGAGCACAACCUAAUAAAAUAAAAAAACUUCCAGCUUUUGCACAUGAAACGAUAAGAGAGAUAGAACUUUUACUGAAGAAAUAAAGUUAAACUUCCAUCCGAUUGGCCAUCUAGCUAACUGUCUAAACUAGCAAGGUACACGAAUGCGUUUGUUAUUGAUUUGUAGCUAGCUAUGUCGGCCAAAAUGAAGAGGGCGGAGAAUUGCAAAGACAACGGCGAACUUAUUAAGAACUGUCAUAAACAGGCGUUCGAAUAUAUAUCCGUGGCUCUUAGGAUUGACGAGGAUGAAAAAGGUGUAAAGGAAGAAGCAGUUGAGUGGUACAAGAAAGGGAUUGUUGAGCUUCAGCGGGGUAUAUCUAUUGAGGUCACAGGACAAGGAGAACAAUAUGAACGAUCAACGAGACUUCAGGAGAAGAUGGUCACCAAUCUGACAAUGGCGAAGGAUCGCCUUGCAUUGUUAGAGGGUGGAGCUGCAAAGAAAGAACAUUCUCCCAACUCAUCAGACCAUCCCCCCUCUCAGCCAAAACCAGUUCCAAGGAGCCAGCCUGGUCAGAGAGGGGUGCCUGGCCUGACCAAGCCACCCAACACUGUCAGAACAGGGGUCAAGUCCACCUGCAUGAAGGUUACACCUAAAGUGGCAAAGGCUCCAAACGGCAGACCAGCCGUAUCCCGAAAGCCUCCUACGAGAGACAUGAAAAACUUUAAGAACGUGGACAGCAAGCUGGCCAACUUGAUCCUCAAUGAAAUCGUGGACAGUGGAGCCACGGUUUGUUUUGAAGACAUUGCUGGACAGGAACUGGCCAAGCAAGCCCUGCAGGAGAUCGUCAUCCUGCCAGCACUCAGACCAGAGCUGUUCACCGGCCUGAGAGCACCAGCACGUGGCCUCCUCCUCUUCGGGCCUCCAGGAAACGGAAAAACAAUGUUGGCCAAAGCAGUUGCCAUGGAGUCCAACGCUGUCUUCUUCAACAUCAGCGCAGCCACUUUGACCUCUAAAUAUGUAGGAGAGGGGGAGAAGCUUGUCAGGGCAUUGUUUGCUGUUGCCAGAGAACUACAACCUUCCAUCAUCUUCAUUGAUGAGAUCGACAGUCUCCUCUGCGAGCGGAAGGAGGGAGAACACGACGCCAGCCGGCGUCUGAAGACAGAGUUCCUGAUCCAGUUUGAUGGGGUGCAGUCAGGAGGAGAUGACAGGGUCCUGGUGAUGGGGGCCACCAACAGACCUCAGGAACUCGACGAGGCGGUUCUCAGGCGCUUUGCAAAGCGGGUGUAUGUAGCUUUACCAAAUGAAGAGACACGAUUCACGCUGCUAAAAAAUCUAUUGGGAAAGCAUGGGAACCCUCUUGGCCAAAGGGAAUUGAAACAUCUAUCAAAGAUGACUGAGGGCUACUCAGGAAGUGAUCUCACUUCAUUGGCUAAGGAUGCUGCUCUUGGACCAAUCAGAGAAUUGGGUCUGGAACAAGUUAAGAACAUGGCUGCAAGUGAGAUGCGUAACAUUACGAGUAAAGACUUUGAGGACUCCCUGAAGCGCAUCAAGCCCAGUGUAAGUCCUCAGACCCUGGGUCUGUACGUGCGCUGGAACACAGACUACGGAGACACGACAGCCUUUUGAUGAAACCAGCUCUGGUUGUCCUGACAACGAUGACUGCAGGAAAAGCAAAGCGUCAUUGUAUAUACACAUUAAAGACCCGUGUAAAUCUGAAUUCCUGAUCCAAUGCGAACACACUUCUUUCGGAAGUGAGAUAGUUAUUAAGUAAAUAUGUGCACUUAUAUUUAAUGAAUUUUGGCUAAUUACCUGCUCAGUGUUAGGAAAUGUCCACUGUCUUAAACAGAUCCCCUGAGUUUGUCUGACUAAUGGAACCAGUCCUGGUGUAUCUAUCCCAACAUGACAGCACAUUUAUUACAACACUGCUUUAUCGUGCUCUUGAUUUGCGAUGGUGAUCUGAUUCAUUUAAAACUUGUUUAUUUAAUUCAAAUUGCUGGGUGACUGUAUUUAAUGCUGAACAUAAUACUAUAUGGUUAAGUCUUGAAUAAACAUUAGUUAUUAGCUUUUGAAUUAAAUUAUCCCAACACUCUGCAAAUGAUUCUGUUUACAAGUGGCUGCUGUUUACGUGACUUAAGGGAACUGGUGUGGUAUGAAAUGCCUUCUAUGAAAAUACAUUAAAUGUAUUCAAUAUUA